AUUUUAAAUAAAUUAUGAUAACAUAUCUAUACAGUGUAGACCACUCCUGCCUGCUGACUUUGCUUUUAAGUGUCUCUUCCAACAGAGCUAUCAUGAUGUUUUUCUCUUGGAAAAGAUGCUUUUUAUUUGCUUUUCUCUUCACCAGUGAUGAGGUCCAAUCAUCCUCAGACCAUCAGCCAAACUGUGAGAGAGAUAUUCAAUUUGAUGUCCUUAUCCUUGGUGCUGGCACAGCAGGCAUGACUGCAGCUAGACUCCUCAGUAUUAAUGGAAUAGACAACUUCAAGAUAAUAGAAGGAAGCAGUGGAAUAGGUGGGAGAAUGAAGAAGGGGAAGUUUGGGGGACGUGUUAUUGAAUAUGGAGCAAACUGGAUACACAAUGGACCCAAGGACCCUCACAGUGUAAGGAAUACUGAUAAUCCUCUGUGGAUCAUAGCCAGGGAUGAGGUAACUCAGCAUCAGUUGUGUGGAAGGAAGCAUAAGCUAAGGGUAGUCAAGACAGAUAAGAGUAUCUACAUGGAUAGAGAUACAGUCCUCAGUUCUUAUACUGUAGUUCCUACCCCAGUGGUAUCACGACUAUCAAGAGGUUACUCUAAAGCAUUAGAUGCUGCAAUAGCUUCAGCUAAAUUGACUCCAACCCUAACAGAACCAGUAUCAGUUGAAGAAGGAUUGAGAAACUUUAGAUGGAGGCCUAAUGAGCCUCCUCGUAAGCAAUUAAAGCAAUCUUUAGAAUGGAGCAAGUUUGAUUUUGGGCACACAAUUCGUACUGGCCAGUCAUCACUGGAGCUGAUGGCAUUAGAACCAGAAGCUGGUUAUGAUUACCUGGCAACUGAUGGAGAUGGGUAUGUGUCUCUUCUGGACUGCAUUGGACAUGGUUUGAAGGAUGACAAUAAAAUUUUAUUAAAUUCUACAGUUAAGAGAAUUAAGUUUAAUAAUGAUUGUGUUUGUGCUGAAGGAGCUGAUUCUAAUGAUGCUGAUCAUGUUUGGUGUGGUAAGUAUGGCAUAAUAACAUUCUCAAUUGGAGUCCUUCAAAACUGGUUAAGGAGCAAACGGCUUGUCAUUACUUCGAAACCUAAAAUGGAUGCGAUUAACCACUCAAGAAUGGGAAUAUACUUGAAAAUAUUUGUCCUUUUCAAGGAGAACUUGACCUCAUUACCAAAAGGUAAUUAUGACUAUCUUUAUCGAACUAUCAAUCAUCAUGGGGACUAUCAAGUUAUUCAACAGAUUCAAAGAAAUUUAAUUUUACUGACAAUAGUUGGAGAAGCUGCAGCUGAGGCUCUUCAAAAAGAGAAGGAAGAAAUAAAGGAAGACAGAGAGAGCAUUGACUGAGUGGUUUGGAGCUGGGAAUGUUCCGGAAAUUGAAGACAUUGACUAUAAAGAUUGGUUGCAUGACCCACUCUUCUUUGGAACAUACACUACUUACCCACUGUCUCUUAGCGCCAGUGAUAAACAAGAGCUUUUGAAACCAGAAGGACCUCUUUAUCUUAGUGGAGAAGCCACGAGCUUCUUGCUUGCAGGGACCGUUCAUGGAGCCUAUUGCAGUGGCCUUGAGACAGCUGCUGGUAUUAUUAAUAAAAUCAAUGGAAACUCAGCUAAUGUAGUGUAUUCACCACUGCCCUCUGGGUAUUGUAAAUUAAAUUAAUAUUGUUUAUGCAGCAAUAUGCGUGGGUGGCUUUGAGGUCAGGUGGGUGGAGCUCAGUAGCUGGCAAAA